UUGAGAUUCUCCGCCCCCAGUCGUCGCACCCAGGUCAACUUGAGCCCAGGCCAGGCUGCCCAGACAGCAUUUCAUCUCCUAUGUAUUGAUCCUGUCACAACCCAUUCUCUUCAGCAAACGCCACCCGCAACUGUCGCGGCGCCUGGUAUCGUCGGCAUCAUGGCUGCUCCAAGGCCAGAAGUUGGCGAUAUCCUCCUCGUCAUACACGACUUCAUUGCUCGCAGUUCCGAUGAAUUGAGUUUGGCCAAGGGCGACCGUGUCGAGCUGAUCGAGCGAGACGAUGAGUUUGGCGACGGAUGGUUCUUGGGCAAACACCUGGUAAACGGCAACAGCGGCCUGUUUCCCGAAGGCGAGUUGCAGCAGCCAGCCCCGAAGACCGCCCCUACGAACAACUUCUCAAAACCGUUGGCAACGCUGCCCGAAGUAACGAACGAACCCAAGCAAACACCCGCUGAAGUCCCGACCGAGAGCAAAGCCGCCACGCCGACCCCGCCGCCGGCGCCCGUGUCCCCCGCCGAUUCUACCGCUCCCGUAACUCUGCCCCUGAAUAGCAUCAAGCAAGAGACCUCUCCGAGCGAUAGUGCGCCUCCCGUCGCAGGCUCCUUGUCGAGCUCCUUGGGUCGGUUGAAUACGAACCAGGAUCACGUUUUGAACGAGACACUCAAUGUCAUCGACGAGCACAUCACCGAUCUGCGCUCGGCGCCUAGCAAUGGCGCACUGCGCGCCCCCACCGAUUCCGGGAGCGAAUACAGCGCGAACCUCGAUCACCGGAUGUCCUAUAUUCACGGCGAAGAGACCGACGAGGAGGAGGAGGGUAUGCACAGCCGCUCCGAAGUAGAAGCCUGGUCGGCCGAUGAUGUCGCCGAGUAUCUAUUCACAGUCGGCGUUGAGAAGUCACAUUGCGAGGUUUUCCGAGACCAAGAAAUUACCGGCGAAGUCCUUUUGGGCAUGGACCAGAGCUCUCUGUUCAUUAAGGCCUUUGAACUGGGUUCCGUGGGUCGACGACUGAAGACGUGGCAGAAGAUCAAGUCCUUGCAAGACGAAUGCAACAACAUCGGAGUAGCGACCAGGCGCACCACACAAACGUACGGUAGCGACGUCGGUUCGGAAGACGCGAAGCGUUCGCGUAGUCGGACGAACACCCUGACAAACUCCAUUCCUAGGAUGACACCGGUUGACGACAGGGCCAUGUCGCUUUCCAGCAAACGACUUUCCUUUUCCCAAACGCCCAAAUUGGAUACUGCCACUCUGGUGUCUCCCGUUUCCCCAAUUACUGACAGUCCGACGCGGCCAUCUCACAUGAAACGACCUUCAGCUGCCUCCGUCAGAGAUUUGCACCACUCCCGUCGACACUCGUCGUCCACUGAUUUCCGUCUGACGGGAACGACAAUGGGCAAUGCUGUCACGCCGAAACUGGCUACGAGUGGCACAUUUCCCCAGGCAGACGGUGUCCAUAAGAAGCAACCAUCUUUCGAUAGGAACUGGACUCUUGGCGGCGCCUCCCAACGACCGCUUUCUUCUACCGGAUUCCAAGACGUCAUGCAGCAAUCCGGUCUCCACGCUCCGGAGUCCGCCAUCGAUACCGACCGCGGAUACUUCAGCGGCACUGAAGUCGACGGCCGGCGCCGCAACGUGCUCAAGAAGCGCGACAGCACCGCCAGUCAUUCCCGAAAGCAUAGCUACGCCGACGAGCAGCGAGUCCGCAGCGCAACAGCUAUUUCGAGACACUCCAGAUUCGGCAGCGUUGACUCGACACGCGACUCCGUCGCUUCUCCAGCAGCCCAGAAGUACUACGGCAUGCAGUCCACCACCCCUCACAGACGAACCGCUUCAACAAGUACCACUCAGUCUGCACGGCCAGCUCCCCCUAUUAAGGAUACCGGUGCUCCCAGCGUCACGAAGCUUGAUGGUGCUACUUCUACGAUUCGCGAGUCUCCAGUGCCGCAGUCCCCGGCAGCGCGACAAGGCUACCAUGCUGAGUGGCUGUCCGCUGUGGUAAAACCAUCGGUGAAGGUCACUGGCCUCAGGGCCAUCUCCGAUUCCGUCUCGUCGGAUCGCAAAAAGAUGGCAUCGCCUGUGGACUCUCCCCUCAAGGUGGACUCGCCUCUGCAUUCGCCCGCCAGGACCGGAUCUAGUACUCCUUCAGCUGGCCCGAGUUUCGAGCUGGACUCACCGGAUACCGCCAAGAGCCCCAGCACUGCGACGACGGUGGCCAGUAAGGGCAGCAGGAAGAAGGGCAAGAAGGAGACGAGCGCAUACCAGCGCGGUCUGCUGAAGAUCAGCCCCGCAGAGGCUAUGAAGGAUGCAGACUACAGCGGCUGGAUGCGGAAGAAGAGUUCAAACCUCAUGACGACAUGGAAGCCCAGAUUUUUCGUCCUAAAGGGCCGGCGCCUGGCAUACUACUACUCUGAAAGCGAUGAUCAGGAGAAGGGACUCAUUGAUAUCUCCUUCCAUCGCGUCCUCCCGGCAGACAAUGAGCGACUGACGGGUCUACAUGCCACUCUCACUGGCGCUGGAGCUGCGGCGCGCGAAGAUGCUUCUGGAGACAAGGGCGAUGAUGCCAUGUUCAUCUUCAAGCUUGUCCCACCCCGCGCGGGUCUGUCGCGCGCUGUCAACUUCACCAAGCCAACCGUCCACUACUUUGCUGUGCCCAACCUCAAGCAAGGCAGAUUGUGGAUGGCAGCUCUUAUGAAGGCCACUAUCGACCGAGAUGAUACCCAGGCGAUAACAACGACGUAUCAGCAAAAGACGAUUUCCCUGGCCAAGGCUCAACAGCAGCGUCACCGCCCACCUGCGCUGAUGAACCUGAAUGAAGCUACAGAAGAGGAGAGGAAGAGGUUGCAGGAGGCCAAGAAGAAUCCUGACGUUCUUGGCAUUACAUUUGGCGAGACCGAUAGUGGAGUUUCUGGCCUUGAGAAACCCACGUUCAAGGUCGAGCCUGCAAGCGCGCGAAAGUUGGCAUUUGAAUCAGAGAACAACGGCACAGGUGAGGCUCCACCACAAAGUGCUUGA